AUGGCGGAACACAAUGACCGAACCCAUCAAACGCGAAUUUUGCCCAUGGAAGCAACUAAAUUGGGUCACUUUUCUGACAAAUCUACGGACACGGGAAUGCCUCUGGAGGAUUGGCAUCUAGAACUGGACACGACUACACAAGAUGGAAAAGAUCUCGAAUUAGCGGCUUCAAAUCUCAAGAGCUCAGACGUUCCAGUUGCUUUUCCGACAGAGACCGUAUAUGGACUUGGAGCGGACGCAACUCGCAGCGCAGCAGUGAAGGGAAUCUAUCAAGCCAAACAGAGACCAUCCGACAACCCUCUCAUUGUACACAUAGCAUCUCUGAAGCAGUUGAGAAAGCUGUUGUCUACAUCUGACUCAUCGCCCAAUGUCGACCCAAUUCCCCAAAUCUACCAUCCCCUAAUCCAACGUUUCUGGCCUGGCCCAAUCACAAUCAUUCUACCAGUACCACAAGACUCAAAACUGGCACCUGAAGUCACGGCUGGCUUGCGCACAUUUGGCGCAAGAAUGCCACGGAACCUACUUGCCCUGGCCUUGAUCAAGACCGCAGACGUCCCCGUGGCAGCACCUUCAGCAAACGCUUCGACGAAACCAUCUCCGACAGCUGCCGAACAUGUACGCUAUGAUUUGGACGGUCGUAUCGAGCUGAUCGUGGACGGCGGACCAUGCGAUGUUGGCGUCGAGAGCACAGUGGUUGACGGUCUUAGCUCGCCCCCUGCUGUUCUCAGACCAGGUGGUAUAGGAAUUGAUUUGAUCAAGACGGUGCCCGGCUGGGAGAACACGGUGGUAGGCUACCAUGACGUCUCUUUGAAAGGAGAUGCCGCACCUAGAGCUCCGGGCAUGAAAUACCGACACUACUCUCCAAAAGCACCUGUCAUGUUGGUUGAAGCCACAGGGGGCAAGCAACCACACAUUUCGGAUCUGUCACGCCAGCUCGGUUCAAGCGGCAGCCUAGGAUUAGUUAGGACAAAAACCUGGAAGAGUCUGUUGAAUAAGCGUUUUACCGUGUGGGACAUGUGCAUAGGACCAGAUACUGCUGAUGUAGCGCGGGGCUUGUUCUCGGCGUUAAGGGAGCUGGAUCGCAAGGAUGUGGAUGCAAUCAUUGUGGAAGGAAUUGAUGACGGAGAAGGCGAUAUUGCGGCGGCAGUCAUGAACCGGUUGCGUAAGGCGGCUGAAGUCAAGCUCGAGCAGCUUUAG